GGGGCCGCGCGCUCUGUGAGGCGCCGGCCUGCGUGCGCGGCUGGAGGCGGCGGCCGGGGAUGCGGCGGCGCCCGGCCUGAGCCCGUUCCCGGCCAUGUCGGCGGCCAAGGAGAACCCGUGCAGGAAAUUCCAGGCCAACAUCUUCAACAAGAGCAAGUGUCAGAACUGCUUCAAGCCCCGCGAGUCGCAUCUGCUCAACGACGAGGACCUGACGCAGGCAAAACCCAUUUACGGUGGCUGGCUGCUCCUGGCUCCAGAUGGGACUGACUUUGAUAACCCAGUGCAUCGAUCUCGGAAAUGGCAGCGCCGGUUCUUCGUCCUCUACGAGCACGGCCUCCUGCGCUACGCCCUGGAUGAGAUGCCCACAACCCUCCCUCAGGGCACCAUCAACAUGAACCAGUGCACAGACGUGGUGGAUGGGGAGGGCCGAACGGGCCAGAAGUUCUCCCUGUGCAUUCUGACCCCCGAGAAGGAGCACUUCAUCCGGGCAGAGACCAAGGAGAUCAUCAGCGGGUGGCUGGAGAUGCUCACGGUCUAUCCCAGGACCAACAAGCAGAACCAGAAGAAGAAGCGGAAGGUGGAGCCCCCCACACCACAGGAGCCAGGGCCGGCCAAGAUGGCUGUCACCAGCAGCAGCAGCAGCAUCCCCAGUGCUGAGAAGGUUCCCACCACCAAGUCCACCCUCUGGCAGGAAGAAAUGAGGGCCAAGGACCAGCCCGAUGGGAGCAGCCCGAGUCCGGCCCAGAGUCCCAGCCAGAGCCAGCCUCCUGUGGCCGGCACCCUGAGGGAGCCAGGGCUGGAGAGCAGAGAUGAGGAGGGCACCACAGGCAGCGAGCGUGCGGACUGUGGCCGCAAAGUCCGGGUGGAGAGCGGCUACUUCUCGCUGGAGAAGACCAAGCAGGACGUGAAGGCCGAGGAGCAGCUGCCGCCGCCGCUCUCCCCGCCCAGCCCCGGCACUCCCCCCAACAGGUACAGUGGCUUCGGCCCGCCCUCCCGGGAGCUUGGCCGCCCCCUUCCUCCCCCAGGUCCUCAGCCCUCUGGCCGAACCGUCUGCAGCGGCUCCUUCAGCUCCCUGGACACAGCCCGCCGGCCCCCUGCCCACGUGGACUCUGGCAGCGCUGGGGGGCGGGGUGCAGAGAGACCGGGGCACGCCUCUGCCUUUAAAGCCAGCAGGCAGUAUGCCACCCUGGCCGACGUCCCUAAGGCCAUCAGGAUCAGCCACCGAGAAGCUUUCCAGGUGGAGAGAAGGCGGCUGGAGCGUAGGACCCGGGCCCGAAGCCCUGGGAGGGAAGAGGUGGCCCGUCUGUUUGGCAACGAGCGGAGGAGGUCCCAGGUAAUAGAGAAAUUUGAGGCAUUGGACAUCGAGAAGGCAGAGCACAUGGAGACCAACGUGUCAGCCGGGCCCUCGCUGUCAAGCGACACUCGCCAGGGCCGGAGCGAGAAGAGGGCCUUCCCCCGGAAGCGGGACCUCCCCAGCGAAGCUCCUCUCCCGGACGCCUCGGCCUCCCCCCUGUCUCCACACCGAAGAGCCAAGUCACUGGACAGGAGGUCCACGGAGCCCUCCCUGACGCCCGACCUGCUGAACUUCAAGAAAGGCUGGCUGACCAGGCAGUAUGAGGAUGGCCAGUGGAAGAAACACUGGUUUGUCCUUGCUGAUCAAAGCCUGAGGUUCUACAGGGACUCGGUGGCUGAGGAGGCGGCAGACUUGGAUGGGGAGAUCGACUUGUCUACAUGUUACAAUGUCACGGAGUACCAAGUGCAGAGAAACUAUGGCUUCCAGAUCCAUACAAAGGAGGGCGCCUUCACCCUCUCCGCUAUGACGUCUGGAAUCCGGCGGAAUUGGAUCCAGACCAUCAUGAAGCACGUCCACCCGAUCUCUGCCCCAGACGUGACAAGCUCGCUGCCGCAGGGCAAAGACCGGAACAGCUCCCCCUCGGAGAUGAGGCUGCGGGAGAAGCAGGACGGGGAGCCCGGGGAGCCAGACCCCGAGCAGAAGCGGAGCCGGGCCCGUGAGCGCAGGCGGGAGGGCCGCUCCAAGACCUUCGACUGGGCCGAGUUCCGCCCCAUCCAGCAGGCCCUGGCCCAGGAGAGAGCCGGCGCCCCGGGGCCUGCCACCCCCCGGCCCGAGGCGGAGCCCGGCGAGCUGGAGAGGGAGCGUGCGCGGAGGCGGGAGGAACGGCGCAAGCGCUUUGGGGCGGUGGACGCGGCCGACGGGCCCAGCAUCGAUGACACGGCCCUGCGCAUGGAGGUCGACCGGGGCCCGGGGCCGCCCGCAACCGCCGACCUCAGGACCCAGAACGUGCACGUGGAGAUCGAGCAGCGGUGGCAUCAGGUGGAGACCACCCCUCUCCGGGAGGAGAAGCAAGUGCCCAUCGCCCCCCUGCACUUGUCCUCCUCCGAGGAUGGAAGCGACCGAUUGUCCACUCCCGAGCUGACCUCUGUGCUGGAGAAGGAGUUGGAGCAGAGCCAGAAGGAGGCCUCAGACCUUCUAGAGCAGAACCGGCUGCUGCAGGACCAGCUGAGGGUGGCUCUGGGCCGGGAGCAGAGCGCCCGGGAGGGCUAUGUGCUGCAGACUGAAGUGGCCGCCUCCCCGUCCGGCGCCUGGCAGAGGCUCCACAGAGUCAACCAGGAUCUGCACGGCGAGCUGGAGGCCCAGUGCCAGCGCCAGGAGCUCAUCACGCGGCAGAUCCAGGCCCUGAAGCGCAGCUACGGGGAGGCCAAGGACGCGAUCCGGCACCACGAGGCCGAGAUCCGGAGCCUCCAGGCGCGGCUUGGCAAUGCCGCCGCCGAGCUCACCAUCAAGGAGCAGGCGCUGGCCAAGCUCCAGGGCGAGCUGAAGCUGGAGAAGGACAAGGCCCGCGCGCAGCUGGAGGAGCGGCAGCACAGCGAGGCCGCGCUCAACGCCCAGCUGCGCGCCAGCGAGCGGGAGCUCCAGAGCGCGGAGGCCCUGCUGCUGGGCAGGACGCAGGAGCUGCGGGACCUGCAGAGGCAGCAGGCGCUGCAGCGGGACCGGCAGAAGGAAGUGCAGCGGCUGCAGGAGCGCGUCGCCGACCUCAGCCAGCAGCUCAGCGCCAGCGAGCGGGCCCAGAGGCUGAUGGAGGAGAAGCUGCAGCGGAACUACGAGCUGCUGCUGGGGAGCUGUGAGCGGGAGAAGCGGGAGCUUCUGCAGAGCCUGAAGGAGGCGGAGGACAGGGCCAGCGCCUUCGAGGACCGGCUCCAGGACCACGAGCAGCAGGUGGAGGUCCUGCAGAAGGAGAAGCUGAGCGCCCAGUCCGAGGGCAGCGAGGCGGUGCGCCGGCUGGAGGAGCAGCUGGAGAGGAAGGAGGCCAGCAUCCAGAAGCUGGCCGAGCACGUCCAGAGCCUCCGAGACGAGCGGGACCUGAUCCGGCAGCGCUUCCAAGAGCUGAUGGGCCGCGUCACCUCGUCCGACGGGGACGUGGCUGCGCUUCAGGAGAAGCUGAAGGGGAGGGAGGCUGACUACCAAAGCCUGGAGCACUCCUACAGGAGGGUGGCCAGCCAGCUCCAGGGCGCGCACACGCGGCUCCAGGAGAAGGAGGAGGAGCUGAGGCGCAUCCAGGACGCGCACGAGCAGGCGCUCGAGAGGAAAGAGCGGGGUCUCCAGGAUGUGCUGGUUAAGAUGGCUGUCUUGGGGAGCAGCUUAGAGGAAACAGAAGUGAAGCCCCAGGCCAAGGAAGAGAUCGUAAGGCAGUUGGCCAGGGAGUCCUCAGAGGACGCCGAGGAGCCACGGAGCUCCUUGGAAGAAGCCGAGGAGGAGGACGGCGUCGCACGUUCGGGCCCACAGCUCCAGGCUGCCGGCGCACCUCCGGGGGCUGCCCUGGGGGAGGGGCACGGGGACAGCAGCCCCAGGAGAGAAGAGAGCCCAGUGCCCCCAAGGUCAGAAGCGUCCGACAGGGAGGGGCACCUGCAGAGCACCUCAAAACCCGACCAGGGAGCACCCGGCCUUAAGAGGCAAAGAAUCCGGUUCUCCACAAUCCAGUGCCAAAAGUACACCCACCCUGACGGGUCUGAGAGGACCUGGGCCAGCAGCACGUCCUCUGACACCAGUCAGGACCGCUCCCCCUCGGAGGAAAGCAUGUCGUCGGAGGCCACCCCCGGCUCGCUCCCAGCGACCAGCGACUCGGACACCUACCUUUCCAUCAUCCACUCCCUGGAGACCAAGCUCUACGUCACCGAGGAGAAGCUCAAAGACGUGACGGUGAAGCUGGAGAGCCAGCAGGGCCAGAGCCAGGAGGCCCUGCUGGCUCUGCACCAGCAGUGGGCUGGCACCGAGGCGCGGCUGCGCGAGCAGCUCCGUGCCAGCCUGCUCCAGGUUGCCGCGCUGGCCUCCCAGCUGGAGCAGGAGAGACAGGCGAGGGCGGAGGUGGUUGAGAACCACGUCGAGGAGCUCGGUGACUUCCAGGUGAAAAACAGCCAGGCCCUGGCUUGCCUGGAAAGCUGCCGAGAACAGCUGCGGUCUCUGCCGGGUGACGCAGGGGCGGGGCUCCUGGCCGGCCUGGAGAGCUUGCUGGUCGGCGCCAUCCAGGCCCUGUGUCACCAGCCGGCUCCCCCAGGGGAGGCGGGCUUCUUGGAGGAAGAGAAAGCGGCCUCACGGCAGCCAGCACACCUGCCGGAGCCGAGCGAGCAGGAACAGCUCCAGCUCCUUUCUGAUCAGAUAGCCCUGGAGGCCACGCUGAUAGGCCAGAUAGCAGACUCACUGAGGAACACAAGCUCGGAUGUCUCGCACGUGCUCCUCGAGGUCUCUCAGUCCGGAAAGUGGCCGCUGGAGUCCGAAAGUGCCGUGGCCUGUCCUGGGGCCCCAGUGGAUGCCUGGGCCAAGAAGGUGCUGGUGGAUGGAGAAUUCUGGAGCCAGGUCGAGUCCCUGAGCCGGCACCUGGAGACGCUGGGCGGAGAGGCAGCCAGCGCCUCGGGAGGUGGGCGGCCGAGCGCCCCGCCAGCCCCGGUCCCCGCCCUGGCCGACGCCACGUGGGUCAGGGCGGAGCUCAGCCUUGCCGUGCAUUCGAUGAGGGGGUCCCUCCACCACAGGCUGCAGAGCAUCCAGGAGACCCUCCAGGGCACACAGGCAGCCCUGCAGCAGCACAAGCGCAUGCUGGGGGAUAUCCUAGGGGCCUACCAGACACCCGACUUCGAGAGAGUGAUGCUGCAGGUCUCGGAAACCCUCCAGCUUCCAGCAGGUGCCGGAGAUGGUGUCCAGGUGUCCUGGACUGGGAGCCCGCCGGAAGAAGUACCGAGUCAUCAGGACCCAGCUGGCUCGCCGGCUCUCUGUCCCUUGUCCAGCCAGAGCUCUGGGGCCUUGGUUGCUAUUCAGGAAGAGCUCGCCCUGCAGCUUAAAGAUAAGGCCAGUCUGUUGGGAGAGAUCUCUGCCACUUUAACCUCACUUCUCUCUGUGGAGGCAGUGCGAGACUGUCAGAAGCUUCUCCAGGCAUCCCGGCAUCUCUCCCGUAGCGCUUGCCUGGGAGGCCUCGGCCAGUAUUCUUCCUUAUUAGUUCAAGAUGCGAUUAUUCAGGCUCAGGUGUGUUACACAGCCUGCAGGAUCCGGCUGGAGUAUGAAAAGGAGCUCCGGGGCUACAGGGAGUCCUGGUCGGGCAGGGGGGCCUCCUGUCAGGGGCAGGAGCAAGCAGUGGGGGCCCUGAGGGAGGAGUACGAGGAGCUUCUCCGCAAGCAGAAGAGCGAGUACCUGGAGGUGAUCGCCGCCAUUGAACGGGAGAACGCGGAGCUCAAGACCAAGGUCGCCCAGCUCGACCAGCAGCAGAGGCGUCUGGAAGAGGGGCAGCGUGAGCGCGGCGAGAGCCUGGCUGCCCCACGAGGGUGGUCUGAGGAGUGGAAGGUCAGCUACACAGGGGAGCGGCCGAGCCGGGCGGAGGGUGCGCCGCAGGCUGUGCGCGGCCGGGUCCUGAGCCGGCUGGAUGCCUUGGCCGGGGACAGGCAGGAGCUGGAGAGGCAGCCUGUGGGCCAGGUGCAGACCCUGGAGGACAAGUUCCAGCUGAAGAUCCGGGAGCUACAGGCCAUCCACGAGGAGGAGCUGCGGGCCCUGCAGCAGCACUACUCCCAGACGCUGCGGUGCCUGCAGGAGACCCUGCACCGCUACCAGGGGCGGCCCCCUGCCGCCCCAGCAGCCCACGGCCCCCCGUCCCCCAGCCGGCCAGCUGAGGCGGGGGCCGACUCCGUGAUGGGGCUGAAGGAGCGCGUCCAGGAGUUGGAGGCCCAGGUGGACGUCCUGCGGGAAGCGCUGGAGCACCAGGGCCUGGCGGGUGGCGCGGCCUCACUGCGGGAAGAGCGCCAGAGGGCCUUGGAGAGCCUCAAGGCCACGUGCGAGCGAGGGUUUGCAGCCAUGGAAGAAACACACCAGAAGAAGAUCGAAGACCUGCAGAGGCAGCACCAGCGGGAACUGGAGAAACUGCGGGAGGAGAAAGACCGCCUCCUGGCUGAGGAGACCGCGGCCACCAUCUCAGCCAUCGAAGCCAUGAAGAAUGCCCACCGUGAGGAGAUGGAACGGGAGCUGGAGAAGAGCCAGCGGUCCCAGAUCAGCAGUGUCAACGCGGACAUCGAGGCCCUGCGGCGGCAGUACCUGGAGGAGCUGCAGUCUGUGCAGCGCGAGCUGGAGGUCCUCUCCGAGCAGUACUCGCAGAAGUGCCUGGAGAACGCCCACCUGGCCCAGGCGCUGGAGGCCGAGCGGCAGGCCCUGCGGCAGUGCCAGCGCGAGAACCAGGAGCUCAACGCCCACAACCAGGAGCUGAACAACCGCCUGGCUGCCGAAAUCUCACGGCUACGGACGCUGCUGACCGGGGACGCUGGUGGCGAGGCCGCUGGGUCACCUCUCACGCAGGGCAAGGACGCCUAUGAGUUAGAGGUCUUACUGCGGGUCAAGGAAUCAGAAAUUCAGUACCUGAAACAGGAGAUCAGCUCCCUCAAGGAUGAGCUACAGACGGCGCUGCGGGACAAGAAGUACGCUAGUGACAAGUACAAGGACAUCUACACAGAGCUCAGCAUCGUGAGGGCGAAGGCCGACUGUGACAUCAGCAGGCUGAAGGAGCAGCUGAAAGCCGCGACCGAAGCACUGGGUGAAAAGUCACCGGAAAACACCCCCGUGUCCGGAUACGAUAUAAUGAAGUCUAAAAGCAACCCUGACUUCUUGAAGAAAGACAGAUCCUGUGUCAGCCGACAGCUCAGAAGCAUCAGGUCCAAGAGUCUGAAGGAAGGCCUGACGGUGCAAGAUCGCCUGAAGCUCUUUGAGUCCAGGGACCUGGAGCGCGACUAGCUGCUCCCCUGCAGCUGAGACGCAGCCUCCCUGGCCCGCGGCCGCCGCCCUCGCCUGCACCUUCGAUUUCUGUUACCGUUAUCGUUGUUAUCGUCCUCAGUAACUGCGGUAUGGAUGCGUGAGAGACUGGUCUGUGGGCUGCUCACAUCACUCCCUGUUGUGUUUAUCGAAGCUUUUCCCCAUGGUUGUCUAUGACCAGCCCAGCCGAGGGGCCGAGCGCCCGAGCGCACGCGGCUCUCCCCCGUCGCCCCCGUGCUCACGUCAGUAUUAAGGCCCAGCAGCCUGUGAUAAGCUAGCUCUGUCUCGCCCAGUGCGCGGUGGGGUCAGGGCCCGGGCGGGUCCCUGGGAGAGAACCGGCCAUGAGGCGUGGAGGCGUGUGCUGCGGUCCCAGCGCUGACAGCUGGUAGCCUGCGGCGGGGGAGUGUGGCCUAGAACCUUGGAUGUACCACCUUUGGGCUUCAGAGGAGAACAGCAUUUUGUAUUUGUUCCACUAAUGCCGCUUAGAACCACACCCCAGAUACUCGUGGUAAACCUUUCACAACCUGGAAAAUGUUGAAAGCAGCCAUUCCUAUUUUUGUUUGUUUUUUAUUAAAUCUUGCACAAAACCA